CUCUAGUUCGCUCCACGUGCAUUUUUCAAGCGUACAUUUCUUUUUCGGUCAAGGAAGUAAAUUCAAAGUCAUUCUUGUUAAUAUACCCACGUUGGUGUGGUAAGAGGCUCCGAAACUCACGUAGUUUCACUUUACUCCAGAUUCAUUUUAAUUUAUCGGUGAGAGCGUGAACAACUCCAUUCACGAUGACUGGACGUGGAAAAGGUGGAAAGGGACUGGGAAAAGGAGGCGCAAAGAGGCACAGGAAAGUACUGCGUGAUAAUAUCCAAGGUAUCACCAAGCCGGCUAUUCGCAGAUUGGCGAGGAGAGGCGGUGUGAAGAGAAUCAGUGGCUUGAUCUACGAAGAAACACGUGGAGUAUUGAAAGUUUUCUUGGAAAACGUUAUUCGUGAUGCUGUCACGUACACUGAACACGCGAAGAGGAAAACCGUGACGGCUAUGGACGUGGUAUACGCGUUGAAACGCCAAGGCAGAACCCUGUAUGGUUUCGGAGGUUAAAGGAUCGACGGAGAAGAAGAAAAAUAGACAAUCGGCCCUUUUUAGGGCCUC